AUGGACAAGCAAUUACCACCCACCUCCGAGGCCGAGGGAGGAAGGGUAGCCCGAGAGGCCCAGGCAGAAAGCUGCGAGGGAAGGGAAGCUGGUCCAGGGCUGCAGAAGCUGGAGGACGGGAGUGGUCUCACUAAAGGACAUGUGCCAGACUUUGAUGAGAAACAUGAUGAGUAUUUAAUAUUGCUUCAGCAGAGGAACCGGAUAUUAAAGCACUUGAAAACCAAGGACCCCAUGCAGUUGCGUCUGGAGCACUUGGAACAGGGCUUCUCUGUCUACGUCAACGGGGCCAAUUCUGAGCUGAGGACGUCACCGCGGAAAGCCGUCCACCCUGACUUCUCCAGAAGCUCCUCGCACGCCGAGGGGACCCAAGAUUGCGGAGGGAGAAUCCUGCUUCGAGACGCCGAGGAAGCUUUAAGACGCCAUUCACGGACGGCCCCCAGCAAAGUCCAGCGCCGAGGAUGGCACCAGAAAUCUGUGCAGAUCAGAACAGAAGCUGGCCCGCGGCUCCACAUCGAACCUCCUCUGGACUAUUCGGAAGAUUUUGAGCCAUGUGGGGACGUGACUGUCAAGGCAAAGAAUACUUCUGGGGAUCGCCCACAGGACUCCAACUCUCCCACCAGCAGCUCGCCCUCUGAUUUUAACUUCUCCCUUCACAACGCACGUGGACAUCCCGACCCUCCAAGCAGUGUGGACAAAGAAAGGAUCCUUCUGACCAUUCAGGAUGUGAUGGAGCUGAGAAAAAGCCUGGAACAUAGCGUAAGUCUGCAAAGGAAACACGAGGACUGUUCCAGUGACGAGUAUGACUCCAUCGAAGAAGACGUCCUCUCUGAGCCCGAGGACCAGGCGCUGGCGGGCCAUCCCAGACAUGACUCAGUGCAGAAGGACAUUCCUGAGGACCGGGGGACAGAAGGAUGUCCUUCCCAGGGCCCGGACACCCUCGUGGUGCUGGAAUUUAACCCGGCUUCCAAAAGUCAUAAAAAAGAAAGGAAUUUGUCUGCUAAGCGGAAGGACGCAGCUGAGGUCUUCAUUCCCAGCAAACCCGAACCAAACCCGAACCCCCAGCAACGCCCCGUGUUCCCAGACCAGGAGAGGCCGUGCUCAAGACCUGGAAGCCGACGAGAGAGACCCCUGUCCGCAACCCGCAAACCCGUGCUGGAGGCUGAGGACCGAGAGGAAGAUGCGUCCGCUGUGCUCAGAGCCAUCCAGGUGGAGAACGAAGCCCUGCAGAGGGCCCUCCUGAGCAGAAGGGCCGAGCCCCCUGCCAGCCCGCUACAGGACACGGAGGCACCACCGGCCCAAUCGUGGACCAGUCUGCCGAAGGAGAGAGAAGAGAGCCCUGAGCAUCUUCCCGUCAUCGUGGCGACCAGUGCACCGGAGCCCUCCAGGGCAGCAGGGGGAGCCCGAGCCGUCAGUGAAGCCAUUGACAGAAUCGGCCUUUUGGGGAGCAGACAACAGCAGAAGCUUCUGAAAGUCCUCCAGGCCAUCGAGAGUGACUCUGCCCAUCUCAGCCAGGCUGCGUCACCCACCGAGGAGCAAGCACUGGACCCGCAGGACAAGUUGAGAAUGAGAGCAGAAGAGGCGCAAGAUGCCAUCUGCGUGAGGAUGGAAGUUCUGUCCAACUGGGGGAACGCGUCACGGGUGGGGCUCACAGAAGUCGAGUUCUUCGACCCAAACGACACCAAGCUGUACGUGUCGCCCCGUGAUGUGGAUGUCCGGGGCACGGACACGCCCGGGGACCUGGGCCACCUGGUCAGCCGGAACUUACCUAGCAAGAAAGACCCCUGCUUGUGGACGUGCCCCUUCCACCUGCCGCUCCAGCUCUGUUUUGUUAUCCGCAAUGUGAGACCCCUGCAUGCCUUCGGUCUGGCCAGUAUCAAGGUUUGGAAUUACUGGACUGCUGAUGGCGAUCUUGACCUCGGUGUGAAGCACGUGAAGGUUUAUGUCGACGGAAACCUCAUCUUUGAUGGCCAGUUGGACAGAGGAGGUGGGGAGGCCCCCGCCGGCCAGAUCAUCCCGGUCGGCCUGCGAAAUGAGACGGACGAGGGAGCGGAGGACACCGGGAACGCCCCCUGGGAGGACAGCAAAGAUGGCCUCACAGUGGCCAGCACGGAUGGGGACGAGGAGUGCAGUGUCACUUACCCGCAGCUGGCCGGAGCAGCCGUGGACGUGAAGCUGUCUGCAUCAGGAAAUUUAUGUGGUGAAAGGAUGAAUUCUCCCGACUGCAUCAAAGACAGUUUGCCUGAGCGAGAGGACGAUGUCAGCUUGUUAGAGGCCCCUGCCUCCGUGGGGGGUGUGCCCACGGCCCCUCCCCCGGCACCCCCUGACCCGGAGCUCUCGCUGAGCCAGCAGCUGGGAAACCUCACAGGCAGAAAAGUCUCUGAGCCACCAGGGAAAACGCCAGCCUGGCUCCAGCCUUCUCCCACGGGGAAAGGCAGGCCGCAGGGAGGCAGGAAGCCAAAACCCGUCUGGCUGAGUCCUGAGAAGCCUCUGGACCGGAGAGACAGGCUGCUGUCAGAGGACGUCGUGUGGGUCGGUGAGGGUCCCGGAGAGACGGAGGCUGGGGACAAAGGCCCCAGGCGUGAGCAAGGGCGGGCGAGCACCCGGAGCGUCACCUCGGGGAACAGAGCCCAGAAGGCGACCCCCAAAGUCUGCAGUGAUGACUCUGACAUCUUCCACCAGCCCGCCCACAGGGAACGCCCAGCCAGUGGGCGGAGGGGCCCCAAGAAGGAUAGCCCCAGCAGUGGUCACGGCGACGGCCAGCCCGCCGGCAGAGAUGGUGCCUGGUCCACCGGGACGCCACCACGGCCCCGGCGGUGCAGCGAGCAGGAGCUCACGCUGCAUGAGUCCUGGAACUCCCUCAGCGCCUUCGACCGCUCCCACCGGGGACGCAUCUCCACCAUGGAGUUCCAGGGCGACAUCCUGGACGACUUCCUGCAGCAGCAGAAGAGCAGCCGGCACAGCGACCAGCCGCCCCUUUGGAAGGAAGAGAAGCCGGAGCCGGUGCAAAGGCCGGACGACAGCUCCACCGACGACCACGAUGGGAGCGACUUUAAAAUCCCCGUCUUGCCCUACGGACAGCACCUGGUCAUUGACAUCCAGUCCACCUGGGGAGACAAGCACUACGUAGGCCUGAACGGGAUAGAAAUCUUCAGUUCCAGGGGAGAGCCGGUGCGGGCUGCGAACAUCCAGGCGGACCCGCCCGACAUCAAUAUUCUACCCGCUUACGGGCGGGACCCCCGUGUGGUCACCAACCUCGUCGACGGGGUGAACAGGACGCAGGACGACAUGCACGUCUGGCUGGCGCCCUUCACGCCUGGCAGGCCCCACUCGGUCUCCAUCGACUUCCCACGCCCUUGUCACGUCGCCCUGAUCAGGAUCUGGAAUUACAACAAAUCGCGGAUCCACUCCUUCCGCGGCGUGAAGGACAUUGAGAUCCUGCUAGACGCGCAGUGCAUCUUCAAAGGAGAAAUCGCCAAGGCCCCGGGGACCCUGACGGGAGCCCCAGAGCAUUUCGGAGACACGAUCUUAUUCACCACGGACGACGACAUUCUCGAGGCCAUCUUCUGUUCGGAUGAGACGUUUGACGUGGACGUGGAGAGCCUUUGCGGGCUGCCGUGUGAGGAGGCUCUGAGAAGGCCCAGCACAGCCGACGGCAAGGGGGACGAGAGGCCCUACACCCAGGCCGGCCUGGGGGCCGAGGACCCGGGUCCAGGACUAGAGCUGCCACCCAGUGCGCCUGUGACCGAAAUCACCACCCCAGAGCCAGGCGUCUACCAUGGGAUGUGCCUGCAGCUGAAUUUCACUGCCUCCUGGGGCGACCUGCAUUACCUGGGGCUCACGGGCCUGGAGGUGGUGAGCAGGGACGGCCAGGCACUGCCCAUCCGCCCGCAGCAGAUCUCCGCCUGCCCCCGGGACUUAAAUGACCUCCCCGAGUAUACGGACGACUCCCGGACCCUGGACAAGUUAAUCGAUGGAGCCAACCUCACAAUGGAGGACGAGCACAUGUGGCUGGUCCCCUUCUCACCGGGCCUGGACCACAUAGUCACCAUUUGCUUCGACAGAGCUGAAAGUAUCGCGGGCCUGCGCUUCUGGAACUACAAUAAAUCUCCUGAGGACACCUAUCGAGGGGCCAAAAUCGUCCACGUCUCCCUGGACGGCCUGUGCGUCUCCCCUCCAGAAGGCUUCCUCAUCCGGAAGGGACCGGGCAACUGCCACUUCGAUUUUGCUCAAGAAAUCCUCUUUGUGGACCAUCUACAGGCUCGGCUGCCCCAGCCGGCCCAGAGGCUCAACACGAAAAGCCUGGAGCAGGCAAGCAUGGAGUACGAGGCCCCCCUGAUGCCCUGCGGCUUCAUUUUCCAGUUUCAGCUCCUGACCAGCUGGGGUGACCCGUACUACAUUGGUCUUACGGGCCUGGAGCUGUAUGACGAGCGGGGAGAGAAGAUCCCUCUGUCUGAAAACAAUAUCGCCGCCUUCCCCGACAGUGUCAACUGCCUGGAGGGCGUGUGCGGGGACGUCCGGACCCCCGACAAGCUCAUCGACCAAGUGAACGACACCAGUGACGGCAGGCACAUGUGGCUGGCUCCCAUCCUGCCGGGCCUGGUGAACCGGGUUUAUGUGAUUUUCGAUCUCCCUACCACGGUGUCCAUGAUCAAACUGUGGAAUUACGCGAAAACGCCCCAACGAGGGGUGAAGGAGUUCGGCCUUCUGGUGGACGACUUGCUGGUGUACAACGGGAUCCUGGCCAUGGUGGGCCACCUGGUGGGGGGCAUCCUGCCCACGUGCGAGCCCACGGUGCCCCACCACACCAUCCUUUUCACGGAGGACACGGACAUCUGCCAGCAAGAGAAACACACCGCCGUCAGGCAGCUGGAGGACCAGGAUGUCCAGAUGAUGAAUGAAAACCAAAUCGUUACCAACUCGAAAAGGAAGCAGAGGGCAGCGGACCCAGCCUUACGCCCCAAAACCUGCAUAAGUGAGAAGGAGACAGCCAGGCGGUGGUGGUGCUGACUGGUAAAGGAGGAAGAGCUGGUCCUCGGCCAGCGUGGGGCGCCGGCACUGGCCGCCACUCAGCACCUGUGUCCCCCGCUCUCUGCCCUCAGCGUCGGCCAGCCCAGACCCCAGGGCCGGAAGAGCUGUGGCGUGGAGGGGAGCCCACUGGGGAAAAGGGACUUCAGGGGUGGACGGCCCUUGGUUACAGGCAGGAGGAGCCAAGGCCGCUGCUACAAGACGAGCUGUGGCCUCUGACUCUCCCCAGCAGGGAGCCCGGACACCCGGCUUGGUGCCUCUCCCAUAAGACCCAGCAAAGGAGGGCCGGCGUCCACUGCGGCCUGUCAUAGGUUCCCUGCCUCGGGCCUGGGCAGGAAGGUGCCUGGGAAGGUCUCCAUGCAGCCCGGAGCCUGGCUGAGCGGGCAGGGGGACCAGGCCUCAAACACCAAUGCCAACACGCGGGGAGUGCUGGUCGGGGGGGCUCCACUUUCAGGGUCCCAAGCUGAGCUGCCAGUGCCCCCUCCCCCAUACACAUCCCGGCCUCAUUUGGGGGCUGGCGGAGCUGGCUGAGAGGGUGGGAUUGUCCCCUGGACCCCCAGUGUCUAACGUGGAUUGCCACAAUGCCCUCACCCAUACCGGUCCUGCUGGUCCUGCAGGGGCGUCGGGCCUCUUGUCAGGCCUGAGAAGGGAUUAGCCAACGACACGUGUACUGCUGAGGAAAGGAAGGGAGCUGUGCCCACCCGCUGUCCAGUGCUGGGCUCCCCCUGGCAUGCCUGCACUGUCCCUGUGGCACUGCCAGACCCAGACAGGACCGGCAGUCGGGCAGCUUCCAACCCCAGACGGCCAGCGGGGCCCAUGCAGAUGCCCUCUGGCCACAGGGGAGGACCAGUGCCACAGCCCCCCUUCAGCCCCAGCCCCUCUGGACACAACUCUGUCUGGAGGGAGGGGGCCCUCAUGGCUCUCCCUGCCGUGUCCCUGGGGUCUGAUGGCAGCCUUUUCUUGCUUGCUCGCUUGCUUUUUGUCCCCCUCUGUGCCCUUGGAGUCGGGCAGUGAGGUUCUUGCUGCCCAGGCCCCGCCCCUUCUCCCUCUUCCAGCAGCUUCCCAGCAAGUUGGAAAGGUGCCUUGCACCCCCAGCCGAGAGAAGCCCAGAACGCAUCUAUUUCCAUCUAUGUAACAAGCUCGGAUCGGGGACCUAAUUGCUUUCCCAGUGGUGGGUAAUUUCUCGUCCCAAUAUUAAUCCGCUGUUUUCCUGGCGCCCAGCCCAGCCCGGCCUGCGGCGACACUGUACUCCAAUGCGUUCCCAUGCGCCCGAGAGCCCUGCAAACACGUUAUGAGCUUUGCAGCUUCCGCGUGCGCGGGCAGCUGUGCAAAUGCGCUUUUCAUUUGGAGCAUGGGGUCGAUGUGAAUAUAAGAAAUUGUUUCUCCUCAAGAAGAUACAUCAUUUCUGGAGUUUCCAAGCCCCCACUUCUCUGCUCACCUCUGGGAUGCGGCGAGCUACCCCCAGGGCCUCCAGGCGCCCAGGAGAGCUGGUGCGGGUGGGGUGGGGGUGGGGGAGUCGAGGGCUGAUCACACCCGCCCCUCGUGACCAAAGCCAGUGUGGUGGCUUUAAAGGGAGCCCAGCCGUCCAUACCCACCUGAGGCACGAGCACAGGUCAGAUUUGUGGGGGAGAGCACAAACGCCACACACGCUCGCUCCUGGAAUCUCCGCUGAUAUUUAUAAUAAUUGAAUGAAAAUUCAAUUGUAUGGACCAUGCAAUUUAGGAGGAAAGAAAGCCUGUACAGGCAUUAACUCUAAAAUAAAUGUCUAUUUUUUUCUCUUGCA